AUGGCAACUAUGGUAAUGUUUGGUGAUGAAAUAGGUCAGAAACUGUGGGCAACAGUCAACACUUAUUUUCGUGCUUUGUUUGAGGAGUAUAGAGAACUGUAUGCUCCUUUUCCAAAUGACAAGGUGCCUGCUGAAACUCAAGAAACACCAGAAUUUUGUUCUGAAUUGAUGAGCUCCAUAAUUGCACAACAGAUGAGCAAUAAGGGGAAUGCCAAUACCACUGUGAAGUCUGAACUAGACAAGUACCUUUUAGAAGAUAAUGAGGAGCUUAGUAAAAGUUUUGACAUUAUGAAAUGGUGGAAGAACAAUGCUACUAGAUUUCCCAUAAUGUCUCAUAUGGCCCGUGAUCUUCUGGCAAUUCCUAUCUCAACAGUAGCCUCUGAGUCAGCCUUCAGUUCAGGUGGAAGAACACUUCAUGAUUUUAGGACAUCACUCACACCAACAAUGGUUGAGCGACUCGUUUGUACAAAUGAUUGGCUUCGUGGAAACAACUACAUCAGUGUUGAAGAGGACAUAGAAGCAUUGGCCAAGCUUGAGGAAGAAAUUGGUGCCCUGGCCAUUUCUAAGGAUAGCACUACUGCUACUGCAUCUUGA